AUGAUUGUGAAAACUACCCGGUGGUUGGAUUAUGCUCCCUUUGGAUUACCUAUAGAAGGAACUCCCCUUUUACCUAUCAAGCUCCCGAUUCCCAAGGAGAUGUCACAGAACAUCCCAAGGAACUACUGGUUCACUGAUAAUGAUCUUCUCAAUCACUGCCUUGAUCAAAACCGUCCACUAAAGGCGAUUAUCGAUCUCACUUUUACAACUUACUACGACACAAGGCUUUAUACCGAUCGCGAUGUGCAUCACGAGAAAAUCUUCAUUGAAGGACAUGUAGUACCAAGUGAAUAUGCAGUGAACCAAUUUAUCAAACAAGUGAAGAUUCUUUCUGAACAGUCCCCCGUAAUCGAAACAGAUGGUCUUAUUGCUGUCCACUGCACGCAUGGAAUUAAUCGAACGGGCUAUUUAAUUUGCCGAUAUUUAAUUGAUGUCCUUGGAUGGUCGCCAAACAAGGCCUUGAAAGAGUUCGAGAAGGCCCGCGGUUAUGCGAUUGAACGUGACAACUACGUUGCCGAUCUCCUAUCUCGAUAG